UCCCGCGCCGGCCGGGCAUGACUCGGCGCCGCUGUGGCUGCGUUUCCCGGCGUGCCCUGCGCGGCGCGGCGCCGGCCGACGGCGCGGGGGGAGGGGCGCGAAGGAGGAAGCGGCUGCGGCUGUCGCGGCGACCCGGCGGCGUCUCGGCCACAGCGCGGUCCCGAGCGCCCGAACCGGGCCUACGCCGGAGCGGCUCGCGAGCCCCGCGGACCUCGGUCGCCGCGGCGGCGCCUCGCCGGUGGCCCCUGAGGCGGCGCUGCCCCCCCCCCUCCACUCCUCCUCCCCGGCCCGGUCGGCUGCGGCUCGACCCCCUCGCUCCGUUCCAACCUCCUGCGCGACUGAGUCAGCGCCGCCAUGGCCGAGAGCGGCGAGAGCGGCGGCCCUCCGAGCUCGCAGGACGGCGCGGCCGCGGCCGAAGGGCCGGCCACCCCCGCGGCCGCCGCCGCCCCGGCCGAGCCCAAGAUUAUGAAAGUCACCGUGAAGACCCCCAAGGAGAAGGAGGAGUUCGCCGUGCCCGAGAACAGCUCGGUCCAGCAGUUUAAGGAAGAAAUCUCUAAACGUUUCAAGUCACACACUGACCAACUUGUGUUGAUAUUUGCUGGAAAAAUUUUAAAAGAUCAAGAUACUUUAAGUCAGCAUGGAAUUCAUGAUGGACUUACUGUUCACCUUGUCAUCAAAACGCAAAACAGGCCUCAGGAUCAUUCAGCUCAGCAAACAAAUUCCAGUGGAAGCAAUGUCACAUCAUCAGCUUCCAAUAGUAACUCUACAUCAGGUUCUACCACUAGCAACCCUUUUGGUUUGGGUGGCCUUGGAGGACUUGCUGGUCUAAGUAGUUUGGGUUUGAAUACCACUAACUUUUCUGAACUACAAAGCCAGAUGCAACGGCAACUUAUGUCCAAUCCUGAAAUGAUGGUCCAGAUCAUGGAAAAUCCUUUUGUACAGAGCAUGCUCUCAAAUCCUGAUCUCAUGAGACAGUUAAUUAUGGCCAAUCCACAAAUGCAGCAAUUAAUACAGAGAAAUCCAGAAAUUAGCCACAUGCUGAAUAAUCCAGAUAUUAUGAGACAAACCUUGGAACUUGCUCGGAAUCCAGCAAUGAUGCAGGAAAUGAUGAGAAACCAGGACCGAGCCUUGAGCAACCUAGAAAGCAUCCCAGGGGGAUACAAUGCAUUACGGCGCAUGUACACAGAUAUCCAGGAGCCAAUGCUAAGUGCUGCUCAGGAACAGUUUGGUGGUAAUCCGUUUGCUUCUUUAGUGAGCAAUACAUCUUCAGGUGAAGGUAGUCAACCUUCUCGUACAGAAAACAGAGACCCACUGCCUAAUCCGUGGGCUCCACAGACUUCCCAGAGUUCAUCUACUUCCAGUACUACCACCAGCACAGGGGGUGGCACUACUGGUACUGCUGCCAGUGGCACUGCUGGGCAGAGCUCGACUACGCCAAAUUUGGGGCCUGGAGUAGGAGCUAGUAUGUUCAACACACCAGGAAUGCAGAGCCUGUUGCAGCAAAUAACUGAAAACCCACAGCUUAUGCAAAACAUGCUGUCUGCCCCCUACAUGAGAAGCAUGAUGCAGUCUCUGAGCCAGAAUCCUGAUCUUGCUGCUCAGAUGAUGCUGAAUAAUCCCCUAUUUGCUGGAAAUCCUCAGCUUCAAGAACAAAUGAGACAACAGCUCCCAACUUUCCUCCAACAAAUGCAGAACCCUGAUACAUUAUCAGCAAUGUCAAACCCUAGAGCAAUGCAGGCCUUGUUGCAGAUCCAGCAGGGUUUACAGACUCUAGCAACAGAAGCUCCCGGCCUUAUCCCAGGGUUUACCCCUACUCUGGGGACAUUAGGAAAUACUGGAAGCUCUUCAGGAACUAAUGCAUCCAGCUCUGUACCCAGCGAAAACACAAGCCCCACAGCAGGAACCACUGAACCUGGACACCAGCAGUUUAUUCAACAAAUGCUGCAGGCUCUUGCUGGAGUAAACCCUCAACUUCAGAAUCCAGAAGUCAGAUUUCAGCAACAACUGGAACAGCUCAGUGCAAUGGGAUUUUUGAACCGUGAAGCAAACUUACAAGCGCUAAUAGCAACAGGAGGUGAUAUCAAUGCAGCUAUUGAAAGGUUACUGGGUUCCCAGCCAUCAUAGCAGCAUUUCUGUAUCUUGGAAAAAUGUAAUUUAUUUUUGAUAACGGCUCUUAAAUCUUUAAAAUACCCACUUUAUUUCAUCUUGACUCUUGACAUUUUGUGUGUUUAGAAACAAGCCCAAUAUGAUUUUAAGGUGGAGUGCAGUAAGACGUGUGAAGUUGUUUGUCUUUGUUUUAGAACAGUGGGAAUCAAUGCUUUUUCGUUUAAGGCUACUGCAUGCAUCAAACACUUCUGCAUUUAUGUAAUUUUUCAAGAAAACAUCACCUUUUGUAGUUGGGUGAACAAAUUUUUGUCUUGCAUAUGUCGAGUUUAUUUGCUUUUUAAACAUUAGCCACUGAUAGUAAUUUAUGUAGAAUAAAAGCAUUUAAAAGAAGCAAAUCACUUGCGCUCUAUAAUUUGUGGUAAAAUACUGCUUAUUGUGACUUUGGCAUGUAUUUUUGCAGACAAAAUGCUGUAAGAUUUAUACUACUGACAGUUUUUGCUUUCUUUGUAUACAGUAUAGUUCUGCACUUUGGGACUGCAUUUCUAGAAAUACACUGCAAUAGAUUAUCUGGACAAAACACCUAUAACCAAAAAGUAAAGAUCAGGAAAUUCUUUAAAGCUGUUUCCUAAUUGUAUAGAAUCUUACAGCAUCUUUGAUAAACAUCUCAGCAAAAGUGCCAGUUAGUAAGUUGUUGAAAAUAUAGGAGAAGAGCAGAUUCUCGGAGAACAUUUACUUGUACAGAUGACAUGAUGUAAUGUUUCAGCAUUCAUAGAUGGACUGUAAAUUACCUUAAUCUUUGUGCUGACUGAGGGAACACUGUAGAAUAACUCAAGUGCAUUUGCAUAGGACUUUUCAGCUUCUCCCAUAGGUCAUUUAACAAGCAUUACAAUUUGUAAUUGAAAUGUUGCUUUCACUGAAAGUGUCUUGAUGUGUCAGUUAUUUCUAAUCGCCACAUGAAAAUUGAACAAACUUGCUGGGUAUAUCAGUUUUCUCAUACCAGGGAGUACAUGAAUUUAAAUGAUUUGUGAGCUACUUGUUUCUGAAGUGUGUUGGUAGUUCUAUUAAGAAAUAGUUAAAUAUUGUGCUUUUCAGAGCCUCAGAAUGGGUAUGGGGGUGGGGGGUAUAAUCUACCUUGGAUUGGGCCAGCCUAAAUAAUACUGGCAGCAAGAUUCUGUUUAGGGUUUCUGUGCAUAUAGCGUAGUAAAGAAGUAUUCGAGGGUGAAAAAGAGCCGUUUAAACAUUGAGUACAUUUGGCUGUUCCAGCAGCUUUUUUCUUCCCUCCCCAAAGUUCUGUUUGUCUAUCUCUCAAACUGUUGGGGUGGUACAUUCCUUUAGGACCAAUUAAACAUGACUUCGGGGUCAGUAAUAUAUUUGUCUGACUCUGGUUCAGUAUUCUCUUAGGUGAUUAUAUUCUCUGAUGUACAGUUUCAGGAAAUUAAAAUGUUAAAGUAAUGUAAAAUGAAUCCAGACCAAUAAAAUCAAGGGAAACACAGUUGGAUUCAAUUACUCUAUAAGUUGCUUGCUAUUAAAACAGGUCAAGAGGUCAGGUUGGCCACCAGCCCAUGCAGUUUUGAUACUUUCCCCAUGAGGAAACAUUUGAAAGUCAAGGUGGAGGCAUGACUAGAGAAAGUCCGUAUGGAUGGUUUUUAUGUGUCUUUGCUCUCUCUGCCUUAUGCCUCUGUCUGGUUUAAAGAACUUUUGUACUGGCUAAUGGCUAACUGUGUGGGAUAGUGUCGUAACCAAUUUGACAAUUUAUUAAUCACAAAAUAACAAUAAAUCUCUAGCUUUUA